AGUGCUGUACCUCUGGGCUUUUCACCCGACUCCGCUUGAUGCAAGCCGCUCUCUGCGUCCGCACUCAUUCGAUGAGGCUCUAACGAAAUGGCCAAGCUUUUGUUCCCGUAGCCAUGCUUUCAUCACGCGGGAUGGACAGUGUCGUGUCCGGUCGUUUCAUCUCAACCCGUUUCACUCCGCGGCAUUUCAUGUCGGUGCGUUUCACUUUGACUCGAUGUACCCGUUGCCAGGCCGCAGCAGCAGCAGGGAGAAGCAGUAGAUCAGGCUUUCCGUGGGAAGGCAAGGUAGCGAGGCGCUUACGAUGCCGUUUUGGGAAGGGGAGUCGAGAGGGGGAUCCAUCCACGUGUGUAGAAGCAGGGUAUGAAACGGCUGCAUUCACCGGAUCCGGACGAGAUUCGCUGCCGAAUAGCCAUGGGAGUGCGACGAGUGCGACGACUAGAAGAUUCGCCUGGCGCUCAUACAGCAGCGGCAGCGUCGUCAGCGGCAGCAGCGAAAAUGGUAGUAAAAGGACUAGGGGAUCUUCAUUCACGCACAUGAGUCCGUCAGAGGCGGAGUGGCGGCUGAUGCUGACGGAGAUUGGGGUGCAGCCACGUAAGAUGUCUCGCAUUCUGACUCAGUACCACGCCAUGCCUGCUGACGUGGCAAUGGAAAGACUGAUUUUCCUCCAAAGCCUGGGGGUUGACACGGGAAAAGCCCUUUCUUCCUUCCCCAAACUUUUAUUCUACCCGCCUUCAAUUGCCCGAGCCAUGGCGGACUACCUCACCUCCAUUGGCGUCCAACCGGGCUUGAUUGGAAAAGUUUUGUCCGCCUGCCCACAGCUCCUCGGGCUGAGUAUCGAAAACAACAUCUGCCCAACAAUCUCCCACCUGGUGGAAGCAUGGGGACUCGACCAAUCGCGUGACAUCCCUGUGGUGAUCUCGCGCCACCCCCGCUGCCUAACCUACUCCAUUUCAGAAAACCUUCAACCCACCCUAGCCUUCUGGCUUGGUUCGGGGAUCACCAAGCCUGCGAAACUCAUCCGAGCCAACCCAUCGAUCCUCGGGCUUUCCAUCACGAAGCGGAUUCUCCCCACUAUUGCCGCAUUUGACAGCUAUGGCAUCCCCCCUCACCAUACCAUCAACAUGCUCCAAAGAUUUCCUCAUCUAUUCAAUUACAGCUGGAAUGAUAACUUGAUGCCAAAGCUUCAGUACUUGGAAGAAGUGGGCAGGGGUAUUGACGAGGCGGUUCAGUACCCGCAGUAUUUUGGGUACAGUUUGGUUCGGCGGAUUCGGCCGAGGCUCGGGGGUGUGGCUCGGGCCGGACUGCAUGUGAGCCUGAGCUUUGUGCUGCGGCUCAAGGACGAGGAUUUUGAGAGGCUGUAUGGUGACGUGUGUGCGGAGGAGGGGGGGGGGAGAGGAGAUACGAGGGAGGGACAUGAGCAGGAGUCUUGCUUGCGAGAAGCAAGUUGAGGCAGUGAAGGAGUGCAGCAGUGGACUAAUCUCUAUGUGGAGAGGCCAAUGCUUUUGGUUCCUUGCACAACUGUUUCUACUGUAAAUAGUUGAUUUGAGGUGUAAG